AUGUUGGGUGCCAGAGGUUUGUCGUUGACGCAAUCUCCGGCUCGGUGUUGCAUAAAUGCUGGCAUUCCCUACCACAACCGGUUGGUUUCUGCAUCUGGGUACAGCUUUAAAGGGAAGGCUCGUCCCUGCCACCAGAUUGUUUCUAAAGGGAGCGGAGCCUGGGCUUUGCUCCAAAAGCAGGUGGUAUUCUGGAAUCCGCCGAGUCGUCAUCUUCUAAAUACGCAGGAUUCACCCUUCUUGUUAACAACUCAGCUGGUGGAGAAGGCUAGACUGCAUCUGGGAUUAGCAUCACUUGAGUCUCCAAAUCAGGAGGGCGGCUAUCUCCCGGUCCACAUCGACGACGCGCUGACUCCAAAUGCUACUGUGGCAGGCGGCUUUGCUGGAAUAGUAGUGGAUCUUUUUUACCAGGGCGAGGUAUUGCCCCAACUUCAGAAGGUGCAAGCGUGGUAUGAACUCAAGAAGAGGCUCAAACCCGGAGGACGCAUCAUGAUCAACUGCGGCGGAACGUGUGUGGAACGACGAGACUCUACACCUGAUUAUGACGACGGAACAUGGACUUGGGAAGAUGGAUCAGCCGCCAGGGAUGCAACAAUCUCAGCAUUGGUUCGCGUUUUCCCCGAGCUGAAUUUGCGCAAGAUGGAGACAAAGGAGGACAAUCACUUGGCUUUGACAGGGCCCCUCCCAGACUUGAAUGCAUGGGCCGCGGCUGUGCCAAAGAAAGUUCGAUCAGGAGUGCUCACUUGGAGGCGUGUCAAUAGAAAGGCUUAAGCCUUGGGCUUAGACUCUCCGCAUCACUCCACCACAUCGCCUUGCUACUCUACAUGAACUUGAAGUGUUGGAGUUCACAAAAAUAGGUUGCCGUACAACGAUCAAUUAGUGUAAUAUACUGCAACUUUGUACUGGGGUCGUUUCAAGACUUAGCAUCAAAAUACCUUAAACCAUCAACUUAGUGAUUUCGACCAAUUUGUGAGAGGUUUUUUUAACAUAUAUAUAUAAUUUUUUUGGUAGGAAAAUAAGGUUUUGAAGUAUUGCAAAAAAGAAAAAAGAAAAAAAAAAAAAA